GCACACACACACAGAGUUUGACACACAAACAGACUGUCGACUGGUGCAGUGCCGUGCAAGCAGCUGUUGCGACGUUGCGACUGCGGGCUCUCUUUCUCUCGCCACUCUUUUUGUUUUGCGUUUUUAAUCGAACGACAUGCUCGACUUCUUCAGCAUCUUCGGCAAGGGCGGCAUCGUGCUGUGGUGCUUCCAGAGCACCGGCCACAUCUUCACGCCGUCGGUGAACGCGCUCAUCCGCACCGUCAUCCUGCAGGAACGAGGCGGCGGCAGCAACAGCUUCGACCACGAGUCGCUGACCCUCAAGUACAAGCUGGACAACGAGUUCGACCUGGUGUUCGUGGUGGCGUUCCAGAAGAUCCUGCAGCUGUCGUACGUGGACAAGCUGCUGGACGACGUGCAGCUCGAGUUCCGCGACCUCUACCGCCAGCAGCUGCAGGGCCUCAGGCCGGGCCUCGAGUUUCGCCGGCCGUUCGAGCGCGUGCUGGCCGCAGCCGAGGAAUGGGGCCGUCGCCAGGACAACCAGCCCAGGCAGAUGCGCUCCUUCGAGCAGUCGCACAAGUCCAAGAAGACCGUCUCCUCCAUGAUCGAGCGACCGCACGAGCAGAAAAAUCAGAAAACCGGCAAGGCUGGAAAAAUAAAUAAGGAGCAGGAGCAGGUAGAGAAGGAGUCUGCGGCGAAGGAGAGCCCGCCGGCCACGCCGGCCGCCCCCGCCAGCCCCAGGAACGGCAGCGGCGCCGGCGAGCUGGACGAGGAGACGAUGGCCCUCAACCGAAUGCGCCUCGCCCAGCGCCUCGGCUCGCCGAACGCCAGCAAGAAAAAGGCCGCCGCCGCCGACAAACAGAAGAGUCCGAAGGCGAAGAAGACGGGCAAGGCGCCGACGCAAUGGGACCUGGGCGGCACCAACAAGGACGUGGCCAACCUGGAGCGGACCAAGGACAAGGACGGCGUCCGCCAGGACACCUACGACUCCAAGCUGGUGGGCCAAAUGGUGGGCGGCAUCAAGGACCUGGAGGUGGACAGCAGCGACGAUGACGGCGACGAGCAGGACGAGGAGCGGCAGGUGCGCCUCGCCAGGACCAAGGAAUCGGGCCUGCUCUCCAUGUUCAAGGGCCUGGUGGGCAACAAGAGCCUGAGCCGCGAGACGAUGCAGCCGGCGCUGGACAAAAUGUGCGACCUGCUGAUCGCCAAGAACGUCGCCGCCGACAUCGCCAAGAAGCUGUGCGAGUCGGUCGCCACCAAACUCGAUGGAAAGGUCAUCGGGACGUUCGAGGGCGUGGCGUCGGUGGUGAAGACGACGCUGACCGAGUCGCUGAUGCAGAUUCUGUCGCCGCGGCGGCGCGUGGACAUUCUGCGCGACGCGCUCGAGUCGCAGCGCAAGGGCCGGCCCUUCGUGAUGACCUUCUGCGGCGUCAACGGCGUCGGCAAGUCGACCAACCUGGCCAAGAUCUGCUUCUGGCUGAUCGAGAACGACCUGCGCGUGCUGGUCGCCGCCUGCGACACCUUCCGCGCCGGCGCCGUCGAGCAGCUGCGCACGCACGUGCGCCAUCUCAACAAUUUGCACCCUGCCGAGCGACACAACGGCCGCGAGAUGGUCCAGCUCUACGAGAAGGGAUACGGCAAGGACGCGGCGGGCAUCGCGAUGGAGGCGAUCAACUUCGCGCGGGAGGCGCGGCUGGACGUGGUGCUGGUGGACACGGCCGGACGCAUGCAGGACAACGAGCCGCUGAUGCGCGCGCUGGCCAAGCUGAUCAAGGUGAACGACCCCGACCUGGUGCUGUUCGUCGGCGAGGCGCUCGUCGGCAACGAGGCCGUCGACCAGCUCGUCAAAUUCAACCAGGCCAUGGCAGACUACUCGGCUGCCGAGCACCCGCACCUCAUCGACGGAAUCGUCCUCACCAAGUUUGACACCAUCGACGACAAGGUGGGCGCCGCCAUCUCGAUGACGUACAUCACGGGGCAGCCGAUCGUGUUCGUGGGCACGGGCCAAACCUACACUGAUCUCAAGUCGCUGAACGCCAAGGCGGUGGUGCACGCGCUCAUGAAGUGACCUUUUCUACCCUUGUUCAUCGCCUUUACUUUUUUGUUACUCGUUGAACCAAUAAACACGCAUCGUUGAUUCCAUAUUCUUGAAGA